AGCUGCCUUCAAAAAAUCAGCGGUGGCACGUGUCUAGAUGUGGAGACGGUGGAGAGAUGGUUGCACCUCUUGAAUGGAAGAAAAAAUGAGACCGAGACCACCCACUACAACCUCGGCGGAGUCUAAGACCAUCCACCAUCCAUCUCGUUGGAGUUCACAGCUCACAACUGUAAUCAUGACCGUACAACAGGUCAAUCGGCUUAUAAAUCUGCAAAUGGGAGAUGAUAAGUCACAUGGAGCGAAUCUCAAACGUCUGGGUGUAGCUUUAGAUGUUGUUAACUUCUAUAUAGUGAACCUAGACUACAAGGCUUUUGCACAAGCUAGUAUCUUAACUGAUAAAUACCGUUAUGCGAGGAAGGAACUUGGAGCACUUGUUACUGCUGCCAAUAAUAAUGACAACAGCCACAUAGUAGAUAUUGCGGAUGUUACUUCUGUUGUUAAGAUCCUAUCCGAUUCUUCUAUAUUAAAAAAUAAUCUCCAUUACCUUGAGAAUAAAGCUGCUGCAGAUGCUGAACAUGUUAAAAGAACCCAGUUUGAUAAACCAGAGUUGAAUAAAAUUGCUGCAAAUUAUGAAUAUGUUCAAGCAAAAAAGACUCCCCGUAUAGAUUAUAAAGUCAGAGAAGAUUUAAGCCGUUGCAGAAUAUAUAAACAAGGUGGGUUGGAACUGUCUCACAAUGAUAGUAAUAGAUUUCAGCCGUUGCGGAAUCUGGAUAACAUUUCCCGUGACAGAUUUGAACCCCAGAGAGAAUGAAAAGAUGAAGUCGGAAGCUACCUGGUGUUGCUUAAUGUUUAAAGUAUUUCCGCUGCUGAAUUGUUUAUGUUUGUCUGCAAAGCGGAACCAUAUAAUACGUAUAAGUGUGUAAUGAUCACUAGCAUCACCUUAACUUGCUGAAGACAAGUGUUAUGAAUGACUUGUUAUGCAUUUUAAAUCACAUGUCCUUUCAUUUCCGAUCUUUUAAUCACUUGCAAUUGGUAGUCGGUUAUUCAUUUUCAUUUAUACCAGCUUAUUGU